AUGCAUUUAUUGAAUCCUAAGAGAUCGGCCAAUUUGAAUUGGUACAGCUAUCUCGUAGUGGUCUUAUGUUUGUGCUCGUAUGUUAAGGCCAUAACCUGGCCGUGGGAAAAUGAUAGUAGUAGCAGCAGCAGCAGCAGUGCUACCAGCUCUAGUAGUGGAAGUAGCUCUUCAAGCACAUCUACAGGCGGUAUAACCUGGCCAUGGCAAGAUAAUAGUGAUUCCAGUUCCAGCAGUGAUAGCAGUUCGAGCAGUGACGCUAGUUCGAGCAGUGACGCUAGUUCGAGCAGUGAAAGCGAUAGUAAGAAAGAAAGCUAUGCUCCGUAUGAAACAUCGUGUCCAUCUUCAGACUUAUCGAGAGAAGCCAAAAAUAUAUCCACGCAUGAAAAGGACUAUAUAUCUAAUAGACAGGAGACUACUAACAAAAACUUGAUUGAUUUCUUGUCAAAAAGGGCAAACUUAUCUGACUUUGAUGCGAAAAAAUUCAUUAACGAUUAUUCUGACGAACACAACAUUUCUAUCGGUCUUGCAUUUAGUGGGGGAGGCUAUCGUGCGAUGUUGAACGGAGCAGGUCAAAUCUUGGGGCUCGAUGAUAGAUAUGAUGAGGCAAAGGAAAAUGGUCUUGGUGGAUUGUUACAGAGUGCGACCUACUUGACCGGUUUAUCUGGUGGUAAUUGGCUUGUUGGGUCGUUAGUUUUAAACAAUUGGAUUUCCGUCGCAGAUAUUAUUGAAGGUGAUAUCAAUAUUUGGGACUUGGAAGAUUCAAUUUUCAACCCUAGUGGAAUCAAUCUUGUCAAAACUGUUAAAUACUAUAAUAAUAUAAGGACUUCGAUUGAUGCGAAACAGGAUGCAGGUUUUGAUACUUCUAUCACGGAUCUUUGGGGUAGGGCCUUAUCACAUCAGUUUUUUGCUGACGAAAAAGGUGGAGAAAAUGUCACCUGGUCUAGCAUCAGAGACAUGUCAAAGUUCUCCGACCAUGAAAUGCCAUUUCCAAUAGUGGUAGCUGAUGGAAGAACGCCUGGAACAUUUAUAAUGGAUUCCAAUUCGUCCGUCUUUGAAAUUAAUCCUUACGAGCUAGGAUCAUGGGAUCCUUCAGUUCAAAGUUUUGUUGAUGUGAAAUAUUUGGGUUCUUCUAUAGAAAGUAAUGAAGCGAAUACCUCAAAGUGUGUUGUUAAUUUCGAUAAUGGUGGCUUUAUCAUGGGUACGUCUUCAACUCUUUUCAAUCAAGCCAUUUUGAGAGUUUCUAAUACAAGCUUGAAUAAGGCAAUUAAGUCGAUUAUUACACGUAUUUUAGGUAGAUUAAGUUAUGCAGAGGAUGAUAUUGCGGCUUAUGAGCCGAACCCAUUUUAUGAAAACGAUUUUGGUACCUACAAUUCAAUCGCCAAGAAUAAUACUCUCUUCUUGGUUGAUGGCGGUGAAGAUCAACAAAAUAUUCCAUUAUAUCCUCUUAUUCAAACUGCCCGUGAUGUUGAUAUUAUUUUUGCUUAUGAUAAUUCAGCAGAUACCGAUUCCAACUGGCCUAAUGGUACUUCAUUGGUCCAUACAUACCGAAGGCAAUUCUCAAAGCAAGGUAAGGGAACACCAUUCCCAUAUGUUCCUUCUGAGAAGGAGUUUGUGGAUGAUGAACUUAACAAGCUGCCUGUCUUUUUUGGCUGCGAUGCUGGGAAUUUAACCUCAUUACUUGAUUUCCAUAAAAAUUCAGACAUUAAUGAAACUGAUGUUCCGUUAAUUGUAUAUAUGCCAAAUUACAGAUCGAGCUAUAACUCAAAUACUUCGACUUAUAAGAUGUCGUACGAGGAAGAUGAAAAGAUGAGUAUUAUCAGAAAUGGUUUUGAAGUUUCGACUAGUAAAAAUCUCACUGAUGAUAGUGACUGGGCUAAAUGUGUUGGAUGUGCAAUAAUAAGAAGGUCUCAAGAAAGAUUAGGACAAGAACAAUCUUCUGAAUGCAAGAAGUGUUUUGACGAAUAUUGUUGGAUGGGUGGCGAAAAAGCUGCAGCUUCAUCAAGUGUCAGUAGCUCUUCUUCUACUUCUAAGAGUAGUUCCACAUCGAAGAGUAGCUCAAGCUCAAAGAGUAGUUCAACCUCAGGUAGCAGUUCUGGUGGCAAGGGUAGCGAUGGUAGUGCAUUAUAUAUUCCUUUGCCUCUUGCAUUCUUCAUUUCAUUUAUUAUGACGUUUUCCCUUCUAGUAUGA